UAUAUAUAUAUAUAUAUACAUACACAUACAUAUAUUAUCAAUUGUUUAUUAAAAAUGGUUCGAAGAAAAGUAAUUCAACCGGAUAUGCAUUCAAUAUAUCACUUGAAGCCUGGACAAACGUUAGAAAAUACUAAAAUAUCCGAGAGGAAACUGGCAUUGAUAGCCUCUGAAAGCGCUUUUCAACGCUUCGUUGAUUACGUUAAUCAGCCGCAAAGAUUGGCUGAAGAAAGGGAAGUAGCAGCAGCGAAAUUGAAUGCUAUUAAGAAGGCAACUUAUGAAAUGUCCAAGACAUGGGACAAUACUAUAGAGAAUAUUAAAAAGAGAAGAAAAGAAGAACUAUUGUCGAAAAGUCGAAAAGCUGAAGAAGAAAGAAUACAGUUUGUUAAAGAUAUGUCAAUAAAAAAUGAAGCUGAACGUGCAGAAGUAGUACGACAAGCACGACUGUUACUUCUAUACAAACAACCACAGUGCAGACGGAUCAAUGGAGCAUUGCUCGCAUCGGAGUGUCUCAGAGAAUUAAACGCCCAAGUUGACUUUCGAAAAACUAUUAGAGAAUUAGAUGAUCAACAAGAGGCCGAAUACGUAGAGUCGAUUAAAAAAGAUGUUGCAAAGUAUGAGCAAGAGGAAAAGGAAAAAGCGAAAGAACGUACGAUGCAAAUGGAAAUUUAUGUUAAAAAAUUAAAAGAACAAAUCGAAGAAAAUGCUAAGAACAAAGAGAUACAAGAAAAUGAAGAAUUAAAGGAAGAAAUAAAAGAUCAACGAAAUAUGAAUAGAGAUCUUCAACUUAUAAAAGAAUGUCAAGCUGAAGAAGAAUUGAAAAGAAAGAAAGAAAUGCAAAAAGUUUUAUUAAAUUCGAUCGAUGAGAAGAAACGUGCCGAGGUUGAAAAUAAACGUGAAGAGAAUUUACAAGAUCUAGCGAUUGAUGUAUACAAUAGAUCUAGAUCUCGAAUAAAAAAUAUGAUGAAAGAAAUAGCAAAAAAUCAAAAGCAAUCCCGAGAAGAGAGGGCUAAUCGUAUAGGUGAAAAAUUUGCGUCUCUCAUCGGUCGUCAUAACGUCGAGAAAGAAAAAGAGAAUUUCGAAAGGGCAGUCAAUGAAAUAGAAAAAAACGAAUUGGAAAGACAAAAAGAACGAAAGAAUCAUGAGGCCGCGAUGAAAGCUAUUAUAAUCGAAGAUAAACGUCAAGCUGAAGCUAGGAAAAUAAAAGAAAUGAAAGAAGAAAAAGAGAUUCGAACGUGGGAAACUUUGCAGAGAUUUAAAAGAGACGAAUACAAUAAACAAGUAGAAUUAGAAGAUCUAAUAGAGAAAAGAAAGAAAAAAAUUAAUUAUGCUCGAGAUCUACAAAAACAUAUCGAAUUGCAAAGAGAGGAACGUAAACACGAGAAACAACUAGACGAUGAUUUCAAUGAAAUGAAAGCGGCUGUAGAACAAGUCAACAAAAGAGUAUUGUCUUACAAUCAACAAGUUUUAAAUGAAUCUAAAGGAGUGAGACCCCUUUAUCCCAUUUUGAAAGCGAUCAAGGAAUGCAAUGAAGAAAUGGGUUUGAUAAAACCAAGAAAAAAGAUUGAGCCCAUUUCACCGAAACAAGUGAAACAACAACGUAGACACGGAAUCCGUCGUGGUUGUACAAAAGUUGUUCCAGAAAAUCAAAUUCAUUAUAUAUAUGACUUAUAAAUAUUCACGAUUAAAUUAAAUUGAAAUCGUUUCUUAACGAUAUUACACGAAGUACGAUAAAUUAAUUCGUUCGCGUGAUAAUAUACAUAAUUGCAACGUGUUUUAUAAU